AUGGCCCAUCUUAUCGAAUCGUUAUCAAUAGAACAAAGAGUAGUAAGUGAAUCAGAUCUCGAUGAAUUAACAUGUUCGAUAUGUUUAUCGUUGAUGACUGCACCCAUCAAACAAUGUACAUUUGGUCAUCUUGGUUGCGAGAGUUGUUUGGACAAGGUUGCAGAGACAACAGGUACCUGUCCACAAUGUAGAACACCCAUUUCAAAUGGAAGAUUAUCAAGAUCACUUAUUGCUGCCAAUAUGUUAUCAUUACUAAAGGUACAUUGUGAAAAUCAUUUUAAAUAUAAUAAUGAACAAAAGAAAUGGGAAAAGGACGCAAAAGGAUGUCAAGAGAUUAUAACCGUAGCAACAUCAAUUGAUCACAAAUUGUUUUGUAAAUAUAAUCUUUUAAAAUGUAAACAUCAACGUUGCAAUGUAGAAGUGUUAAAAGAUGAUAUGCCCGGUCAUCUUGCACAAUGUAUAUACCAAGAAAAGAUAUCAUGUCCAUUUGGUGAUUAUAUCUGUAGUUUCAAGGGAACAAAGAGACAAGUCGAUCAACAUAUUCAAAAUGAAUUAUCGAUGCAUAUUCAAAUCAACAAUCAAAAAGUAGAAACCCAAAUAGGAGCAUUAAAACUCCAAUUUAACAAAUCCAUAGAAUCAAUCAAGGAAUUACACAAUCAACAAAUAGAAUCACUAAAACUGCAAUUCCAAUCUCUUGAAAUCCAAUCACUUUCACAAAAAAUGGAAUCACAAUUUGAAAUUGCCAACGAAUCAUACAAACAAAAAAUGGAAUUACAACUUGCUAGAUCAAUUGAAAUUGCAAAUGAAACCAAUAAACAAAAAAUGGAAUAUCAAAUGCAGGUACUAAAACAAAAAAUGGAAUUACAACUUGAACAAUCUAUUAAAACUUUUAAUGAAAGCAAUAAACAAAAAAUGGAAUCUCAAUUGCGAUCACUAAAACAAAAAAUGGAAUCACAAUUUCAAUCAAAAUUAGAUAGAUACAAAAACUCUAUAAUGGAAUCAAACAAAAAUUAUGUAGAUGAAAAGAUUUGGGGACUAGCCGAUCCAGGUCUUGGCCAUUACGAAGUAUCUCAAAUGGUUCGAAAAUACAAGUUAAAAGCAAAGGAAAUGGUUAAACAUUUACCUGUACAUUUUGAAUGGCAAAUCCAAAACUUUUUGAGCAAAUUCAAAUCCAAAACCGACGAGCGUUCUGAUUAUUUUCAAAUGGGUGGAUUCAAGUGGUACAUUUCUUCGUAUAUGGACAAUAAUGAUGAUGGUGAUUCUGAUCAUGGUUAUGAUGAUGAUGAUGAUGAUGAUUAUGAUUAUCAUUAUGAUUUUCGACAUGGUAAUGGAGGUAAUUAUAAUGGUAACAAAGAGUUGGGAUUUUAUGUUUUUUUAAAAAAUAACCAUUCUAAAUUGGUCAAGGUCAAUUUUUCCUUGGAAAUACAAUUUCCUUAUGAACCAACCUACUCUGAAAAGUUUACCAAUAGUUUUGGCCAUGGUAACAAUAAUGGUUUUGGAUCAAGUAUUAGUGCAAGUACCUAUUUGAAUUGUAUUACCGACGAUGAUUCUGUCACCAUUACCUUUAAAGGUAAUGUGGUAGAAGUGAAAGAAUACCAUGGACCAGACCUAGAUCCCGAUGAAGAUGAAGAUGAUGAUGAAGAUGAUGAAGAUGAAGAUGAAGAUGAAGAUGAAGAUGAAGAUGAAGAUGAAGAUGAUGAUGAUGAUGAAGAUGAUGAAGAUGAUGAUGAUGAUGAAGAUGAUGAAUAUGAAGAUUAUGAUGAUUAUAUGGAUUAG